AGAUGAAAAAUAGGGAUAGCCCAUAUUGCUAUCCCCCCCCAUGGAAAACGGAGGGCCAUUCCUUCCUGUCCUGCGUUUGAAGACCAGUGGAAAUGUCUCUCUAAAAAAUAAAUUACGCUGUUGUGAUUCUUUUAUUUUGGCCAUCACUCGUUCGCCUCGCAGUGUCCGCAUAUAGGAAUAAAAUGUCCUAUUCCACUGGAUACUGACUGCAGGAAGCUCUUGCAUCGCAGGACGGGCAGCUCCGGCGCGCUGAACCUGCUACUGUUGCCCCGCUUAUUUUAAUGCCUCGAUAGUUUAUCCCCCGAAGAAGCGUAUGCAGAAGAGAGGCGAAAAUGUCGGGGAAACAAUUCAAAGGACACGAGGUCAGCUGCUGUAUCAAAUACUUCAUAUUUGGAUUCAACAUCAUCUUUUGGCUGCUGGGCAUGGCGUUCCUGGCCAUUGGACUCUGGGCAUGGAGUGAGAAGGGUGUCCUGUCUAACAUCUCGUCCAUCACUGAUAUGGGGGGGUUGGACCCGGUGUGGCUGUUCAUGGUGGUGGGGGCCGUCAUGUUCAUCCUGGGCUUCGCGGGCUGCAUCGGGGCCCUCAGAGAAAACACCUUCCUGCUCAAGUUUUUCUCAGUGUUUUUGGGGAUCAUCUUCUUCCUGGAGCUGACGGCGGGAGUGUUGGCCUUCGUCUUUAAGGACUGGAUCAAAGACCAGCUGAACUUCUUCAUCAACAACAACAUCAGAGCCUACCGCGACGACAUCGACCUCCAGAACCUCAUCGACUUCACACAGGAAUAUUGGGAGUGCUGUGGGGCAUUUGAGGCUGAUGACUGGAACCUGAACAUCUACUUUAACUGCACAGACACCAACCCCAGCCGAGAGAAGUGUGGAGUGCCCUUCUCCUGCUGCACCAAGGACCCUGCGGAGGAUGUCAUAAAUACCCAGUGUGGAUAUGAUGUGCGAGCCAAGACGGACGCCGAGCAGAAGACCUACAUCCAUGUGAAGGGCUGUGUGCCGCAGUUUGAGAAAUGGCUGCAGGACAACCUGACAAUAGUAGCAGGCAUCUUCAUAGGCGUCGCACUACUACAGAUAUUUGGGAUAUGUUUGGCCCAGAACCUGGUCAGCGACAUCGAGGCUGUCAGACAAAGCUGGGUGCCCCCCCCUCUCUCCAUCUCCGUCUCCGCCCACCGGCCCCCUCCCCGCGGCAACAAGAAACACUACGCCUACUCAUGAGUGACGUACACACACACACGCACGCUUGUGUGUCCACCUGUUUGUUCACCUAAGGCUUCACCCUGGAGUACACAGGUGGCUGCGUGCAUGACGGAAUCAGCAUCAGAGGAACUGUGAAUGCCAAGAGCUGGUUGGGUGACGUGACCCCGGCUGGCCCCGAACACCUCCUUACUGAGCUAUGAAUAGGGUCCACCAGGCAAACUGUUUGUGUAAAGAAAUGUAUAAAAAGAAAAAAAUAUUGAGCAUGUGUGUGUGUGUGUGUGGAAGAGAGGUGAGUGUUGUGAGGUGAGUGUGAGAGAAGUGUGUGUCUGUGUGUGUGUGGAAGAGGUGUGUGUGUGUGUGUGAGAUGGAGAAGUGAGUGUUGUGAGGUGAGUGAGAGAAGUGUGUGUGUGUGUGUGUGUGUGUGUUUGUGUGAGAGAAGUAAGUGUUGCGAGGUGAGUCUGAGAGAAGUGUGUUUGUGUGAGAGAAGUGAGUGUUGUGAGGUGAGUGUGUGUAUGUGUGUGUUGGGAGGGGGGGGGCUAAAGAUGCACUGCAUGCCAGUCUUAAUGGCAUUGUUGUUGUUUUUUGUUUAUGUAUGUUUUUUUUAUUAGUAACACACACUGGUCUGUAGUUAUACUUCCUGUCCCACUGCGUAGGGUUUAGUGAAGUCACACGCGCCACACUCCAGCAACGUCACAUGCGUCACACUCCAGCAACGUCACAUCCGUCACACUUCUAUCAGCGUCACAUACUUCACACUCCAUCAGCGCCAGGCACAGCUUGUUACCAUCUCACUCCUGUGUUUGUAAACAAACAUCUGAUUAUGCUAACCAUGUUUUUUUUAUACAAUGUUUAAUUGGUAAUUAAAUGGCAUUUCUAAACAUGUGAAGCUGAACAUGUCUUUCCCAAGGAGUCUGAUGGUGAUGGACAGGACUAGAGUGUAGAACAGGGGUUUGUGUGUGUGUGUGUGUGUGUGUGUGUGUGUGUGUGUAGAACAGGGUUGUGUGUGUGUGGGACCUGCUGUGCUUUAAAGACACCAGCCAGUCAGUUUAAGCGGUAGUCUUACAUCACAACUGGCACAGAUGCACUCAGCCAUGUUUAAGACCAAACAGCAGCACUCAGCUAGUGGAGGGGUUAAAGGCACACUCCAUAUUUCCCUCAGCUAGUGAAGGGGUUAAAGGCACACUCCAUAUUUCCCUCACAUAUUUCCACUCAUGAAUGUAUUUUGGAUGUAAGUUUUGUUUUUUGGACAGAGCAGCUAGCUCGAGUAAGUACUGAGGAACCACACAGUGUGUUAGUAGCACUUAACAAGAAGCACAUGUUGAGGGAACUCUGUAUGUAGAGUUACUCUGUUUAGCUUUUGUCGUCUGACUACCUAAAUGAAUGCCUGGAGUCGAUACAUGGUCACAGAGCAGAGCUUUUCAUUGCACUAUUGAGCCACCAUGCAUAACUUAGCUUAGUUAGUGUGUGUGUUCACUAUUAAGCCACCAGGCAUAACUUAGCAUAGAGUCCUGAAUACAUCAGGGCAUGAUGAUCAGAGCGAAUCACAGCAGACCAGCAAGCCUUCAGCAACCAUUGAGUGUGUGUGUGUGUGUGUGUGCAAGCCUUCAGCAGCCAUUCAGUCUGUGUGUGUGUGUGUGUGUGUGCUAGCCUUCAGCAGCCAUUCAGUUACCACUCAACAACGCAAGCCCCAUAGCUCUGGAGCGGCGUUAUUGUGUGUGUUCAGUUCUUCACGCGUCCAAUAGCUCUGAAUCGUUUAUUCCUCAUGACUCCACGGUAGGCCUGAGCUCUGUGUGUGUGUGUGUGUGUGUGUGUGUGUGUGUGUGUGUGUGUGUGUGUGUGUGUGUGUGUGUGUGAGUUAAAAACCUGGUCCACUGCUGUAACUCCUGGUCCACAGUUAUCGUCAUCACAAACAAAAAACAGCAUUACAUUCAUAGAUUUUGUUUAUAUGUUUAUAUUUUUCCACGCAUUUUCCUUUAACACAUUUUAACCAUGUAUUUUGAUUUUACUAGUGAAAAGAAAUGAGUUUGUUGACUGACCAUUUUGUCCUAAAUGAAUGAAUACUGUGGUGGGAUGCUAGAGUCCCGGUCUGUUGUUCAGAGCUCUUUGAUAGGUCUCUGUUAGCCGCUAUCCUCAGCCGUUUGUUGACUUAUAAUUUGUCCCUAAUGAAUGAAUUCCUUUGGUGAAAUGCUAGAUGGGACUUGUUCAGCCCUCUGAUAGCUAGUCUCUGUUAGGCACCACCGGCCCCAGUAGCAGCACUCUUCGAAACUAAGCUAAGCGCUAACAGCUAACCACAAACAUGUUCAUGCUCAAAAAGGAGCAUAUGGGGAAAAUACAGCCGACCGCCACUAGGGGGCUCAAACAGCUCGAUGUCCAGACACAUCUGACUAGACGUCUAGACGAGAACAGCCGGUAACUAUAGUGACUACCUCUCCUGCCCUUCUUUGUUUAACCUGCUGGCCUUGUAAAAUAUCUACAUGUGUUAAUAAACAUGACAAAAAGA